AUGGGUGUGCUGCCCGAUCACCAGAGGAAAGGUCUCGGCAAUAUCAUUCUCAAGACUCUGCUCGCACACAUCAAAGCACACGCCGCCAAGGGCGAGCCGUACAUCACGCUCUUUGCCGACCCUCCAGGACGGAAACUGUAUGCUAAGAACGGCUUCGUAGAUGCGAGGGAGCACGACGAACUCGGCAUGGUUUUGGCCUUAGCUAAGGACUAG